AUGAGAGGCUUAGGUAAGAGGACAACGAACUUUAAAAUUCAGAAAAAGAUGAGUUCGCGUAGUGAGGCAUUAGACUUGAGUCAGACCUUUGAGAAGAUGAAGAACCCAGACCCUGAUCUUCGGUACAUGGCGACUUCCGAUUUGAAUGUCAGUCUUGGGAAGAUGAAAGGGAAGAAGUUUAUAGAUAACGAGCAACGAGAAAUCAUGAGUGGCUUGUUGACGUUAUUGACUGAUGAAGCGAAUGACGUGAAAGACAUCACGAUCAAGUGUUUGAGUUCUUUUAUGCCAUUUGUGACAUCAGUGAGUGCUGUGAAGAGUUUAGUCGAGAAGUUAAAGACGAUGCUGUUAGAUGCGAAGAAGGCGUUGGAUGUGAACAGAGAUGUUGCUUUAGAAGUCAUCAAGCGAACGAUUAAGAUUAUAGUCAUCAACAAAGAGUUCAAAUUGGUGUUGACAGACAACUUCUCUGUGCCUCUCUUGAACUUCUUUAAGACGCCACUUGCGGAGUUGAGUGACAUUUCCAUUGGAUUCAAUUUGGAUGUGUUAGAAGUGAUCAUCAGACAAAUAGGAGCGACACUUGACGUCAGUCGUGUUGUGAAGACGUUGACUCCAUUCUUGUCAGAGGGCGUGUUUGCAAAUAGACGACGUACAGUGCAGUGCCUUGCACAGUUGAGUAAAUAUGCCAAUGACACACAGAUGGAAGAGAUCAUUGUUCCAUCAUUUGAAGCUAUGAAGAAGAGCACAAACAAAGAACAGAGUAAAGUGUAUGUCCUUUUGUACAGUACAAUCGCAUCGGUGAGCAAAGAGAAGUGUGGGAAGUACUUGACAACGUGUUUUGAGUUGUUACGAGUCAAGUUUACUGCUGUUGAAGAUGACAGUGAAGAUGACUUGAAAGAGGCGAUAUUGAAUGCAUUCAACUUGUUCAUUGUGAACUGCCCCAAUCAGUUGAGCAAUGAAGUUGCAAAGGAAAUACUGAAAUACGUUGUCCAGUUUUUGCAAUAUGAUCCAAACAGAUUUGAUGAUGAUGAAGAAGAAGACGACGCCAAUGCAAUGGAAGAGGAAGAAGACGACGAGGAAGUGUUUGAAGAUGAAGACGACAUCACAUGGAAAUUGAGAAAACUAUCAGGUGAUUGUCUUGUUAGUCUUGUGAAAGAACGAAGUGACAUGUUUUGUGAAGUAGUGAGUGAAGCACUGAGUGUUGUGUUAAAGCGCUUCAAAGAAUCCGUUGAGAUUGUGUUGAACAUAGUGCUUGGGGUGUACAGUCUUGUGUUAAAAACGGUCAACAGUGGUGUGUGUCAGUGUGUUGAGAAAGUUAGAGAAAGUGUGAGUGGUGCAAUUCCACAGAUUGAGAGCAUUUUGAAAGGAAAGAAGUCGACUGAGAAGAGCAAGAUGGAGUGUUUCAACAUAGUGAAAGAGAUCGCUGUCUUUGAUGGUGCCGCACUUGUCCCACAUGUUAAUACACUUGAAGGUGUGAUUGUAACACUCUUGAACAGUGCAAACAGUCAUGUUGAAUUGUUAAGUACGAUGUGUGAGUGUCUUCGCAACAUCGUCAAGAUCAAUGGCGUUGAUUCAUUCAGUGCAGCUAUAUCACCCGUUCUCGUCUCACUGUUUGAUUCAAAGAACUUCCGUGUUGAAAUUGAAGUGUUGAAGACAGAAAGUGUUCUUCUUCGUUAUGCGAAGAGUGCUGAGAUGUACACCACUUUGAAUGUUGGGAGUGUCAAGGCCGCACUUGUGAC